AUGUGUAGUAAUACCUCAACAACAACUACCACCGGAACCAACAAGUCAACUAUGUCACUGCCAACGAUCGUGGCUAAUGCAACUGGUAUACCACAAUUUUCAACAGCAACAAUAACAACACCAACAACAUUGUUAUCAACCAGUAAUGAUAAUUUAAGUUUUAAUAAUUUAUCAACACUGCCCUUAUUUUUAACACCACCACCACCCCCUUCUUCAUCCACAUCUCCCAUUGGUGUAAAUAUUAAAUCUUUUCUACAACCAUCAUCAUCAUCAUCUCAUCACUCGCCCUCAUCUUCGCCACUUAAUAUGUCGACGUCAGCCCCAACAACAAAUGCAGGAUUCUUAACACCCAAUCCAUUCUUAAUUUCCAAUUCACCUUCACCACCCUCAAGAUACGAUCGCCGCUCUAAAUCACCAGCAACAUCAGUGUCAUCGUCACAGCCGUACAAUCAUCUUCCCCAUCACCAACACGUACAGAAAUAA